AUGGUUGGGAAACGAGCAAAGCGUAUUUACUUCUCCAGUUUGGCCGACCUGGCUAUCCCUACAGCGUUUUGCCCCGUCGCCAGUUCUCAUUCAGGUAGAGAUAGGCAAACACGUCAGGAUGCAUGGGAAAAGUGCCUGAUCAGCAGAUCUAGAGUUGGGGAAAUAGAACCUAUGAAAGCCAGCUUUCGCAUCUGUAGAUGCGUUUGUCUUAAUUUCGAGGCAAACUGGGCGGAAUACCGUUUGCUCUCAUAUGCCCCGAUUGAGGAGGUCUCGACUGGCUUAACGUCGGGACGAGAAAGAAAGCCGCCAGAGUGGAAGAGAGCGACUCGUCGUCUUGGAGCCGUCAUGGCCGCCCAUGCGUCUCUUUCUGGCCUUUGGCACCGCCCACUUGCCGGAGUGGAAAGUGUGAAUUUAUUCAGAGGCAUCUGUCUGAAAUGGUGCAUGGCCGAUAUGUGGCCGGAGGUGACAGAGGGGAGAGUGGAGAUGUUUGCGCUGGCCCAUGUUGUAGCCGUCGGUGUGAUGUUUUUGUAUGGCGAAGAAGCAAAAACGGGACGCAAACUAUGCUGGCAACCGUGGUUGCCGAGUCAGUGGCUCUGGUGGGUAGGUGUGAUAGUUGUGAUGGUUGCUUCGGUGCCAGUAAAGGUUGUGUUGCAUCGCGUCAUUUUGGCUUUUGUGCCAAAAGUGAUUGUUGCAAUUGUUGUUGGGCUGGUUAGGAUCUCUUAUUCUGGUCGUGGGCGUUAUGACACUUGCAGUGCUUGUGCUGUAAGGCAUGCUUAUGGGGGCUUUGAUGAUUGGGUUGUUUGCGGGUUUUGUGGUUGUCGGGAUGUUUGGAGUUGUUUUAGUCUUUGUGUCGUUGAUCUGGAUUUGUUGUUGGAUGUGCUGAUUGCGAUGUUUUUUCUUUUUAUGCGUGACGGUGUCAGUGAUUUUUUAAGUGUCGCAUUUACAUUAGGUUGCCUAACGACAAAUGCCGAGAGUGUCCGGGCUGCUAAAUGGACCAAUGGCGCCAAACAGGAGAAGCGCUACCGUUGGACAGGUGUAUUUUGGUAUUGUUAG